AUGAAAGAACAAUUCUUUUUUUUGGCAGCUGUGGCAAGCCCUGUUAUGUGGCAGAAGGACUGCGUGCAGGGUCCGGAGGUAUGGUGUCAGAGUGUUCGGACAGCAUCGCAGUGCGGAGCGGUGAAACACUGCCAGCAGAAUGUCUGGAACAAGCCUACUGUAAACAGUAUCCCUUGUGACUUGUGUAAGGAACUUGUGACAGUGGCUGGCAAGGUUUUGAAGGAUAAUGGCACUGAGGAUGAGAUCCGCUCUUACUUGGAAAAGACAUGCGAGUUUCUUCCUGACCAAGGCCUGGUCUCUGAGUGCAAAGAAAUUGUGGAUUCCUACCUACCAGUUAUCAUGGAUAUGAUCAAAGAAGAGCUAGAUAAACCUGAAGUUGUAUGUAGUGCCCUCUCACUGUGCCAGUCCCUUCAGAAGCACCUUGCAGCAAUGAAACUUCAGAAACAACUCCAGUCCAAUAAGAUACCAGAGCUGGAUUUCUCUGAACUGGCAUCCCCAUUCAUGGCUAACGUGCCUCUUCUCCUUUACCCUCAGGACAAACCCAAGCAGAAGUCUAAGGGAAGUGGGGAUGUAUGCCAAGAUUGCAUUCACCUGGUUACUGAUGUUCAGGAAGCUGUGAGGACAAACUCAUCUUUUGUAAAGUCUUUGGUUGCUCAUGCCAAGGCGGAGUGUGACCGUUUGGGACCUGAAAUAUCUGAUAUGUGCAAGAACUAUAUCUCUGAAUAUUCUGACUUGGCUAUCCAAAUGAUGAUGCACAUGAAGGAUCAGGCUGUGUUCAGUAAUGCGGGAAUCUGUUUCUGUUUGCAAAAUGGGAUGUUACUGGAUGCUUUAAAAAAGCAACCAAAGGACAUUUGUGCCAUGGUUGGGUUCUGUCCUUCCAUGAAAUCUGUUCCCCUUCAGACUCUGGUGCCAGCUCAGGUGGUUCAUGAAGUGAAAAUGGAAACUGUGGAGAAAGCCUCAGUUCAAGAGAAAACUUUUUCCUUGUGUGAAGUAUGUGAGACCAUGGUGAAAGAAGUGACUGGCCUCUUGGAGAGCAACAAGACAGAGGAGGAGAUUGUACGUGAAAUGGAGGUGAUCUGCUACCUGUUCCCAGCAAGUGUCAAAGACCAGUGUAAGGACUUCAUAGAUGUCUAUGGCCAGGCUUUGAUUGACAUGCUCUUGGAGGCAACGAAUCCUGAAGCUGUGUGUGUUAUGCUGAAAUGCUGUGCAGCCAACAAGCCUCCACAGCAGCCAGUUUUAGUGAAACCUGCAGGUGGCUUCUGUGAUAUCUGCAAGAUGGUGGUAGCUUAUGCAGACAAAGAACUAGAGAAGAAUGCCACGACAGCUGAAAUUGAAGCUUUACUGGAAAAAGUCUGUCACUUCCUGCCAGAGUCUGUCAGUGAUCAGUGUGUUCAGUUUGUGGAACAGUAUGAACCCGUGGUUGUGCAACUCUUGGCAGAGGUGAUGGAUCCCACUUUUGUUUGUACUAAACUUGGAGUCUGUGGAUCAGCUAAACGGCCUCUCGUGGGGGAUGAUGCUUGUGUCUGGGGUCCAGGUUACUGGUGUAAGAACAUGGAGACUGCUGCUCAGUGCAAUGCUGUUGAUCACUGCAAACGUCAUGUGUGGAACUAGAAGAAGAAUUUCCAGUUCUGAAAGUUUGCCAUGGCUCUUAAAAAUGUGGGCCAAGGUUGGCGGAGAGCUGUAUCUCAAAUGUCCCUCCUCUCUGCCUCAUUAACAAUUUGACCUUCUGGUUCCUUUAUUGUAACUCUUCUGUAGCAGCGCUGCUGUUGAAGGAUCAGAUCUUCAUUGUUGACUUAACAAAGAUAUUUCUGAUUGUACAGUUCAACUCAUUAUGCUCCUAAAAAUAGUCAGUGUGUUGUAGAUUUUUAAUUGGUAGGCUGAAGUGUUUUUUUAGGUGCUGGGAAGAAUGACAGAGAAGGUGAAAUGAGACAAGACUAUUAUCUUUUGAUUUAAAAAAAGAACAAGAUAGCAACUAAACUUUCAAAUGUCUUUCUGUAGUCAGCAUUGGGAAGGUUACACGCUUUGCAUUUUUAACAUCUGGCUGGAAUAUUAAUUUUCUGUGUAACCGCAGGAGAACUCUAAGGGAUAAUGUUGAAUCUGGGAAUCCCUUCGGCUGGAAUUUUCAAAGCUCUACAGAUGCAAAGGAGGGGGACUUUGUGUGCCCAGCUAACUUUCAAAGUAACUGGUACCUAAAAAGAUGCAUUUGCAUUUGAGUGACCACGCUUUUGCAUUUGAGUGACCACACUUACGGCUCCUGGUGUUAUCAUAGCUAAGGAAACCUUCCCUCAGCCUUUGAUCAUGUCCCUUUUAUUUCCUUGGAUUACUCGGUCUAAGCAUGGGUGUUCUACUGUCAAGCCCUGUACAGAGGGAUUUCAGUCUUUUGAAGCAUGCUGACGUACUUAAGGAAUGGCUCCCUUUUUUCUUAUCCUAGUUGCUCAAUUCUGCUUAGUCUUGCAGCUUCCUACAUGUAGCCAGCCGGGUGCCAAGUAGGUGGAGCGAGCUGGGUUGGUAGAAGAUGGAGGGGGAAAAAGUCAGCAGGCUGUGCAUAUGUCAAAGUGAGUUCAGCAUAGAGGGCAGAACGCAUGGGAAAAUGGUUUUUAUUGUAAACUGCCAGUUUGUUCCUUGAUCUGUUUUUCUCUCGUAGCAUAUUUCAGUCAUCUAAAACUUCAGAGACGUUAUGAGGCUUGUGGGCAGUUUCCGUUGCUGCCACCUGUUCUCACUGACACUCAUCCUUCUGAGUAGUUUGCAGUAUAAAUUUUUUCCAGAGUUCCCAUUUCUGUUGGGAAAUGCAUCUGAGUAGCAAGCGGAGAUGGCAGAUGGUAAGAGCACUGUAGCAGGUAUUUGGCAGCUCUGCUGGCAUACCUGACAACCUGCCUUUCACGCCUCUGCAGCAUCCCACUGAAAUGGCCUGAACUUCUGAACAAAAGCCUUUCAAGGCAGGCUGCUACCCUGGAAACAAGUCAGGCCCUUGAGGUGUAGGGGCCUCGAGAAUGAGAAUUAUGCUUGUGUUGUUUGAGACGGACCUUGCAUCCCCUACCAGCAUUUAGUGCGUAGUUCUGAUCAAGUUAACCCCCAAAAUAGAGGCAGCAGAGUAGCUCUGAGGAGACCUUUGGGAAAGAGGAGCUGGGCAGAGGUGGAGCUUUGAAAAUUCCAGUCCUGUUCAGAAAGGUGCCGGCAACUGCUACUGUUCCUGUGGUGUCUUGGGUGAGGCGGGAGCUCCAGUAACAGUGCUUUAGCAGCAAGCAAAGUAAUUUUCAUGCAGUUUAAUGGAAAACCACUUGACUGCAGCUUUUUUGUUACUACGUGUACAUACUAAAUAUCUAGGCGGUGUUGACGGAUAGCAAUACUGGUUUGUCUUUCCUGUUUGCAUUUGUACAGAACACUGAAGCACUCAUGGCUUUUAAAAAAAAAAGAAAAAUAAUUUUCCCUAAAGAUGGAAAAUACCUGCAGCUUUCUGACUUGGCAGGCUUGUGCAGUGGUUCCAGUGGUGUAUCGCAGUUGGGGUAGAUACGCCAGAUAGGAAAUGGGCUCUCUUCAGCAUCGCUGCCCUGGAGGUACGGCUUGUGUUACACCACGGCGUGUAGUAUGGUAUUUGAUCUUUUAAACUGGAUGGCGUUCUCUUAACGUGAAUUUUUUUGGGGGGAGGUAGGGAUGGAUUGACACUUGCUCUUGCAGGUUGGCAAGGUUUUAAUUUUCUUGGGUUUUUAGUAGUAAAGGAUUCAUGCUAGCGACCUGUUGGGCAGAGUGAACUGGGGGAAAUCCUGUGCUAGUGCUGGGAGUCUCUUUAGUUUUCUCCCUUCCUGUGGACCGUGGCACCUGACCCGCUUGAGUUAUGCUGGGAGGACAUGUGCAGUUGCUUUCUAAAGAACAUUGUCUUGAUUUUUGCACAAAAGCUUCCUUAAUGAACAAUAAAAACUUCUAUAAACCGGU